CGUAAUUUCAUCAGUUCGACGACAUAAGGCUUGAAUGCUGUGAACGAAAGACAAUUCAUUCGACGGAGAGACCAAUCGUUUAGUAGUGAAAAUUUUCACAAAAUGACACAGUAUUUGCCACCAAAUUUGCUGGCAUUAUUCGCUCCACGCGAUCCAUUACCAUUCAUUCCACCGCCCGAUAAAUUACCACAUGAAAAGAAAACAAGGGGCUAUUUAGGUGUGGGGAACUUUUUGUCGCAUUUUGAGGAUCCCGGUGAAACUCCACCGCCAACCCGUGUUGAGACACGUGACGAACGUUUAGAGCGCCGUCGGAAAGAAAAGGCUGAACAAGUUGCCUACAAAUUAGAGCGUGAAAUCGCAAUUUGGGAUCCAACACAACUACAAGAAGCCACUGAAGAUCCCUUCAAAACAUUGUUCGUCGCUCGUAUCAACUACGACACCUCGGAGUCGAAAUUGCGUCGUGAGUUUGAAGUGUAUGGGCCAAUAAAAAAAAUUGUUCUUGUUCACAAUAUUGACACAGGAAAGCCUCGUGGCUAUGCUUUUAUCGAGUACGAACAUGAACGUGAUAUGCAUUCUGCGUACAAACAUGCUGAUGGUAAGAAAAUUGAUGGUAAGAGAGUAUUGGUCGACGUUGAACGCGCUAGAACGGUGAAAGGAUGGCUUCCUCGUCGUUUAGGUGGAGGUUUAGGAGGUACAAGACGCGGCGGUCCUGAUGUGAAUAUCAAACACUCUGGACGAGAAGACAAUGACAGAGAACGUGAAAGAUACCGCAUGGAAAGAGAACGAGAAGAUUAUAAUAGACGCGAUUAUAAUCGAGACAGAGAUCGUCGCGAACGCCAAAGAUCACGAAGCCCGAAAAUUCGUGAACGGCCACGCAGUAGGAGUCGCGAACGCAAAGAACGCAAACGACGACGAUCAGAGGAAAUGGACUAUGACAGAAGAGACUCACGACGAGAUCGUGACAGAGAAAAGGAACGGAAACGGAACAAACGAUCAAGAUCCAGAGAAAGAAAGCGAGACAAACGAGACAAAUCACGUGAUAAGCGUGACAAAGAGCGUAAAGAACGGAAACCUGAGUAUGGAGAAAUCAAAAUCAAAGAAGAACCCGUUGAUGAUGAUUAUCCUGACUAUAACUCGCGCAUCUAUAGUUCAUACGGAGCUGAAGUUAAGUAUGAAGAUGGUGAAGAACAGAAAUAUCGGCCACAGGAGAAUAAUGGCCAAUACGGACAUAAUGAUGAUGAUGACUAUGACGACAGAGGAUACUAAUCAUAAGUUUUAGCAAUUAGUUCGCGGAGUACAAGUGUGUGACUUCAAAAGUGUUGGCUGAAGUAACGCAAACGUUCUCCCCCUUUCAAACAAAACAAAAAUCAAAUCUUAAUUGCAAAAAUAAUUGGCAUUAUUUUUGUUUCACCAGGCAAAAAUUCUGAUGUUUUUACAACACAUUUUUAUCAUUUCGUUAACAUUAUAAAUCAUAGUAUCUCUUAUUAUCGAUUCCUAUGCAAUAAGCUGGAAACAAUCAACCUAAGAGAAGAAUGUCUCGCGUCCGACUGUUACUCUCGAACAGAAACACAGAAACAGAAAAAAAAACAAGAACAAACUCAAAAAUUUCGUUAUCUCAACACACGUUUCAUUUCACAUUUUGGUAGGUAUACAGUUCAUUCACUUUUCCCUCUCCAAGAAUUCCGAAAAAAAAAAAAAAAAAUUAGAAUUUCUACUUUUGGUUGAAAGUAAUGUUAUUUUGCAAAUGAAAAUAAAGUGAACGAAAAUAAUUUUAGAAGCCGUACAUUUUCAUGUCAUUUUCUCCUUCAUUUUUCUGCCUUUGGGAUUUUUUUUUGCAGCGAAUAUAAGAAGGAUAUUUGGUAAAAGUAAGGAGAGUAACUAUAAUUUUAGCUUUAAAAUUAUUAUGAAAAUUCAUCAAUUGAUUUGUAGCAUUGCAGAUGGUAAUUUUGUUCAGUCGGUUUAAAAUUUCAUUCCAUUCGAUUUUGUUUCUUCUCUAAUUUAUUUCAAUAAAUUAAACUCUUACAUGA